AUGGGCAUCCAGUCGACACAACAAGCUAAGAGAAGUUAUGCUGGAUUAAAAAAAGUGAUAGAAGUAGCAAGUGGGUUGGAACAGGGUUUUUUAUAUAUUGAUCGUGCUUUCUGCCAACACAAAUUAAAAAUAAAUGGUGCCUUAGGAUUAAACAUUGUUUUUGCAGAUCUAUUUAUACUUAACAACAAGAGAUUUGAACAACUGCUUGAAAAAAUUUCUAGUAAAGCCUUAUACAAACUCAAGGAUAAAUAUAAAAACUUAAGUGAUUGUAGGUCCAAAACUACAUUGUUAGAUAAAAUUGAAACUUUGGUUGCUAAGGAAGAUGUAAUUCCAAAGGCACUAUUAUGUAUCAAAUCUAAAAGACAAAUAUCUACUAAACAUGGCCUUUUUCUAAGUGAGUAUCAAGAUAAA